AUGCCGGACGAUUCCUUUGUGAUUGAUCAUAAGGUAUUGUACAAUGAUUUGGUUGGAUUGAUUUGUGAAAGAGCGGGGUGGAAUAGAGAGAAUGUGAAUUUGAGUCUAUCGAUUUUGUAUGAUACGAUGGGCAAUGGUUUUAGGCAUAUCGCCAAAAUCAAGGACGACGCAUCGUUGCAAGUAUUGUAUUUCCUCCCAAAUUCGACAUAUAUUGAUUUGUAUGUGGAUUUGGAGGUGGCGGGUACUUCUAGGUCCCAUUUGGAAGUAGGGACAAGUAGUGGUAGGCCGAAUGUGGAGAAUGUCGAUUACAUGGAAGAUGAUGAUGUGGGUGGACCGUUUAUGGAGGAUGGCGAUGACAUGGAAGAUAAUCACGGUGAAGAUGAUGAAGUCUACACAUCGAUAAGUGAUCAAAGCGAUAAAAACCAAUCAAUAUCCGAAGGAAGUCGGGAGAGUGAUGAAGAGGUUGAAGACAAAUUCGCCACAAAGGACAGGCACAUAUAUCGUUCACAGGGUACAUGGGAUCAUACAAAAGUGGACAAGGAUGAAUUUCAACUUACCAUGUGGGACGGGACAACCGCAACAAUCGGGAUAAGGACUUGUUUCAAGAAUAAGGAAGAAGCAAAAAAUGAAUGUGAGACGCUUAUUGCUCAUCUCAUAAGGCAUAAGGUUGAGUUGGACCCAGAUUCUGAAGUGAAGCUCAUUCAGGAAGAAGUGAAAGACCGUAUGCAUGUCGAUGUUCCUUACCACAGGGCAUGGGAGGGAAGGAGAAAAGCUAUCGAUCUUGUUUACGGUGACUGGGUUUCCAAUUUUGACAUACUUCCAAGUAAUUUGGUGGCGCAGUUUCGAAGUAAAAAGAUCAAAAGGUUGUGUUGGGAGAUGUGCCCGAAACUUUCAAAGUCUAAAUUCAAAGAACUAAGGAAAGAGCUACGUGUUUUGAGCAAUGAUGCUUAUUUGUAUCUCGAGGAGAUUGAUGCUUGUCAGUGGACUCUUGCCAAAGACAAACACUAUCGUUGGGGUAACCAGACAACCAACAUUUCUGAGAGCUACAACAACGUCCUCAAGGGCGUUCGUUUCUUGCCGAUCCGAGCUUUGGUGGAAGCCACUUCUAUUAAGACUGUGGAUUUGUUCCAGGAAGAAUACGUGAAGUCGAGCAAAUGUAUUACGCCGGUCCCAACUGACUUGUGGGAAGACUUCAAGAAAAAUGAAAAAAAGGCCGCGCAACACAAAGUCAACCGUUAUGGUGCUAUUAAUGGCAAGUUCAAGGUUGAAAGUAGAGCCCGACUUGGUGGUAAAGGGGACAACAUGUACACUGUGAAAUAUGAAGAGAAGAAGUUUUCUUGCAAGAAGUGGCAAGAGUAUAGGUUCCCUUGUACACAUGCACUAGCCAUGUGUCGGAAGAUAAAAGAUCAACCAAUAAAUACAUUGAAUCCAUAUUUCAGGGUUGUUGCUUGGCAAGACCAAUUCAGUGGGCGCGAUGACUUUUCCCCGGUCCCUGAUAAGAGAAGAUGGCCUAUGGUUGGAUGGAGACUCGUUCCUAACUACGAGCGAGUUAUUAUGCAUGCUCGACCUGGUCAUUGGCAAAAGAAGAGAUUUAAAAUGCAAAUGGAUUAUAGGGGACGCAAAUCGAGGGGUGAAUGUUUGAGAUGUGGCUCAAGGAAUCAUUUCACCAAUGCGUGCCCAAAAUCACACAAGAAAUCCAAUAGGACAAGGCUCAAGAUCAAUUGGGACGCUGAUGGUCUUCACAACGACUAG